GUAGGGCUGUGCUGCCGCCCGCGUGCUCAUGCUGGCGUUGAGCGCCGCCCGCCGCCUGCUGCGCCCGCACGGGGAGCUGCUGCCGCCGGGGCUUGCCUGCGUGCGAGCGGCCGGAGCUCGCGGCUGCAGCUCGGAUGGAGCGGGCCCGCGCAACCCGCUGGUGUACCUGGACGUGGGCGCCGACAACCAGCCGCUGGGGCGCGUCGUGCUUGAGCUGAAAGCUGAUGUUGUUCCAAAGACAGCAGAGAACUUCAGAGCGCUUUGUACUGGUGAAAAAGGAUUUGGUUAUAAAGGAUCCACCUUUCACAGAGUUAUUCCUUCAUUUAUGUGCCAGGGUGGUGACUUUACAAACCAUAAUGGAACUGGAGGAAAAUCGAUUUAUGGCAGUAGAUUUCCAGAUGAAAAUUUUCUACUUAAGCACGAAGGACCUGGUGUUCUCUCAAUGGCCAAUGCAGGACCCAACACAAAUGGAUCUCAAUUCUUCAUCUGCACUGCAAAAACAGACUGGCUGGAUGGAAAACAUGUUGUUUUUGGGCAUGUAAAGGAAGGAAUGGAUGUUGUGAAAAAAAUUGAGAGCUUUGGUUCCAAGAAUGGAAAGACCUCCAAAAAAAUAGUUAUUACUGACUGUGGCCAGCUGUCAUAGCCUUUUGCCCUGCUGUUGAGGACAACUUCAAUGCUGUGAAGAAUGAAUUAUAAAAAACAUUUCUGAUCCCACGAGUAGCAAUAUGAAGCCAUAUUUUCUAUUUAACUUGGUCCUACUUUUAUACUUGUAUUGAAUAAUACUGAUUGAAAGCAUAAAACAUGUAUGAACUGAGUUAUUGUGGUAGUCGCUGCUGUGCUGAUUUGGCAGUCUUAUUGUGUUCAGAAAGAAGUUAGCACAGUAACUGAGAGCAUCUGCCUGUCCUGCUGAUAACAUUCUUACUAUGGAGUGCUUCAGGUGUUAGAGUUGGUACUCUGUAACUGAGGGGUAAAUAAAAGCUAAACUGUGAAUUACAAUGUUUCCUUCAGUUCCAGUAACCCAUUUCUGUUCUGACUCGCCAUCAUUCGGGAAAAUGGUACUAACUGGUGUUUUCAGGGCUAACUGCAGCAAUUAUGUCAGGCAGUUCCUUUGUGUCUCAAGUAGAUCCAGUAGAACUAAGAAAGUAUGGUUGUGGGUUUCCUGAUGUUAAAUCUAUUUUUGUAGUCUGAUCACUGUUUAAAAAUGAACUAUUCCUUGCUUGCUUCAACAGAGCAGUGUGACUUCUGGGUUGAGUAGCAGCCUGCUUCCAGAGCUUUACCUGUGCAAUAAGACCACAAAUGAGCCAGAUCAUGGGACAAUAAACUUGCUUGAAAUACAGUUCUGCUCUGAGGCCCAAUCAUGUAAUGAAUGCAGCACAGUUCUCAAAUGGACUAUUUUUGCACUUGGAGGAUAUAAACCAGAGUAUAGUGAGCUUAUUUGAGUGAGCAGUGGGCUCUAUUGUAAUUUUUCUGUUCUUCUGGUCCUGCGAGGUCAGCCUGCUCUGGGUAUCACUUUUCACUGUGGUUUCUUCUCGUCCAUCAGCAGGAGUCAGAAUUGGUCACCAUGGAAUUGCAUGGCCAGUGGGUACAGCAAAAUCGUUGUGGUUGAUGCAUGAGAAGGAAAGAAUUUAGCUGAUCAGAUUCUGUUUCACUUGCAGAAACUGGUGUGUUUUUAUGUGGAAUCCUUGAGCAGUAACAAAUGUUGGAACCUCACAGUACUGCUUCUAGAAUUGCUAAAGCUGUAAACUAUCCAUGCUUGGAGGGGGGGGGGGAUGGGGGGAAGCACUUGGCUGGUUUUAUGUGAUCAUCUUCUGCUGAAGAGAAAAAUAAAAUGUGAUAGCACUGUUCAACUGUGAAUUUACUUCCACUGCAUUCUGCUACCCACGUGCAUUUUAAAGUAAUUUGCACUGCAGUUUUUUCCUACUUGGAGCUGUAUUCUUGUGUAUAUACAUGGGAGGAGUGUGAUCUUACAGAAAAAUGGAUUUAUGAGCUUCUCUUCACUGGAGCUGUUUUAUUUUUGUAUCAUUUUUGAUUUGUUUGUACUGUUUUGGUUUCCUAUGUAAUAAUGAUUGUUCUCAAUUUGUAUAUAAAAAUGAAUUUAAAUAUAGUUCUGACAUAAAAAGGAAAAAGAAAGU